AUGGAGAAAAACCAACGAGUCGUCCGCGUCGAGUGUGGGUCGGCUACGUGCACCGUACCAACGCGUCCCGAAGAUUUACCUUGUCAUUAUUCAUUAACGGUUCCCUUAGAAAAGGACAACAUUCAAAGAUACAAGAAUGGUUCUAUUUUUCACGAUGGUACAUUAUAUCCUACCAAUCUCUAUUGGAUCCAAAAUAAUUCCAUACGUGGAUGUGUCUGUGAGUUACGACCUUGCAUGAGAAAAUGCUGUCGAGAUGGGGAGGUUUUAAGCGACGGUGAAAUCGCCAGAUGUAAGAAGAUACAAAAUCGUACGGUUCUUCCCGAUAUAAAAGCAGAUAAAGAACAAUUUACAUCUGAAAUACAACAUAUAAAGAAUAUUGCCGAUCAUUAUAUUCUUUUGCAAAAUAAUUUCUGUCCAAAUAAAAGUUAUAAAUUAGAACCGGAAAACUUCGAAGAAGAUAAGUUUAUUUUCGAAGCCAAUGGUACCCUUCAUGUUGGAUCAAUUAUUUAUCCGCAAUGGAAUUUUUGUAUAGAUUGGCACGAAUCGUUGAAGAAGAUAACCGUUUUAAUUUGUUUUCAACCAGAAGAACAAUCAGUGUUACCUACAAGACAAAGGAUCUAUCCGAUCAUGACGAUAGUGUCCAUACCUUUUCUGAUCAUAACUUUUAUAGUUUAUGCCAUCAUACCAGAACUUCGAAAUAUUUAUGGAAAAACUCUAAUGUGUUAUGUUGCUUGUCUCACGAUAUCCUAUUGUUUUCUCAUCAAUUUACAACUCAAGUAUUUGCCGCCUGAAAUAUGUCUAACCGCAGCUUUCUGCAUGUAUUUCUUCUUUUUGGCAAGUUUUUACUGGUUAAACGUCAUGUGUUUUGACAUUUGGUGGACAUUUGGGGGUUUCCGAGCGUUGAGGGGCAGUAUGAAACAAAGGGAUCGAAAAAAAUUUAUAAUAUAUUCUAUCUAUGCUUGGGGAAUUGCAUCGUUUUUCACAAGUAUAUGCUUAAUUAUGGAUUUUGCUCCUAACAUACCAGAAAAUACAAUUCGACCCCAACUUGGAGAAAAGAAAUGUUGGUUUACGACUAAUAGUGCGACGAAUAUUUAUUUUACUUUGCCUAUGACAAUAUCAAUUGUCUGCAAUCUAUGUCUAUUUAUCUCAACCGCUUUAAAAAUUCGACAACACACAAAAGAUACGGCCCAUCAUUUAAGAGGAAGUGAAAGUAGACGUCACGACGAUAAUAAACAAUGGUUCAAUCUGUAUAUGAAGUUAUUCAUCGUAAUGGGUAUCACCUGGACUACGGAAAUCAUAUCCACGUUAUGGGAAGGAUCAGGGGACUAUAUUUGGUAUAUAUCAGAUGUGAUUAAUACUUUACAGGGUUUGAUCAUUUUCAUAACGCUUGUUUGCAAACAAAAAAUUAAGCGUUUAUUACUUAAAAGAUUUGGAUAUAGCGAUGGUAAAUUUUUUUCAAGAAGCCUUACUCGUAGCGUUUAUCAUAGUUCAGCGUCUCGUACUACUUGUACAACAACAACAGGUUUACCCCUUCAAGAAAAAGUCGAUGCAAAUAUUCAACGCGAAGCAUUUCGUUUGAGUAAAGAAAGUGCCGAGGAAAGCGAUUGUCCUUAAUUAAUCCAUGCACAAUGAUAUCAACAUUAAUAUAAUACGUUCAUUAAUAAGAACGUACGAUUAUAUAGAUGAUCACAUCCAUUCACUUAUUCUGAAAGAAAAAAAUGACCUACGACAUGCUUUAAGAAAUGAGAAACGAUUUUUAUUUUGGAAAAGAAGUUAAGUAUACUUUCCUUUUUGUUUUUUUUUUUAAAUCAUACACAUU